CUCAGAUACUCAUUCUGCUUUUUCCCCUUUCUGCCCAGAGCAGGGCGACGAUGUCGCGGCGGAGGCAGCUGCUUCUGCGCAUUUAGAUUACAUUUUAUCCGAACGGGCGUAAUAGGCUUCGGGCGAGGAGCUCUUUAUGUGGUUCUUUUAAGUACCCUCUCUCCACGACACCCCCCACCCCCUCACCCAUCCCGUGUCUCCCCUCCCAUCCCCCAACUUCGCCAUGGAAGCCACCGGAAAGUUUGACUUCAGUGCCACAGCCGAGGACGAGCUCAGCUUCCGCAAGGGAGAGGUUCUCAAGGUCUUAGGCACCAAUGAUGACUGGUACAAAGCAGAGAUGAAUGGUAGAGAAGGCUUUGUGCCAAGAAAUUACAUCGAGCUCCGGAUCCCCAGCUGGUACCAGGAGAAUGCCACGCGGCACUCGGCGGAGGAGAUGCUGAUGUCCCGGGAGGUGGGGGCCUUUCUGAUCCGCGGCAGCCAGAGUUCCCCGGGGGAUUUUUCUAUCUCUGUCAGGCACGAGGCUGACGUCCAACAUUUCAAAGUGAUGAAGGACAACAAGGGGAACUACUUCCUGUGGUCAGAGAAGUUCACCUCCCUCAACAAGUUGAUGGAGUUCUACAAGACAACCUCCAUCACAAAGCAUGGGUGUAUCUACCUUAGUGAAGGUGGCCAGCAGCCAAGAAACCAAAGCAGAAGUGCAGAAUCUCCGAGAGAGCCACCUCCCCGUCACCAGUCCGAUGCCAUCGCACACACGCAGAACCAGACUCUACAGGUGCGAGCUCUGUAUGACUUCAAAGCAGAGGAAGAGGACGAGCUCGGCUUCCAUGCCGGGGACCUCAUCGAAGUUCUCAACCGCUCUGACGCCUCCUGGUGGAAGGGGAGACUGCGCGGGAAAGUUGGCCUCUUUCCCACCAACUAUGUCGAAUCCCCCUGAGGCCGGUGCAGCAUCACCCCUAGUGGUUCCGUGACCUCCUGCAUCUUCAGUGGCUUUUUCACGGUGACCUUUUUCCAGUCCUCCACAGCGCUCUUUGAUGUGGUUUUUGUUUCUAAAGUUUUAUUUUACGAGAAGCUGACAGGUAUUUUGACAUUGUGGUUUAUUUUAUGUCAUUAUUGUUUGCAAUGUCAUUACAUGGAAACUUGAAAUAUUUGUCAAUAGUUGUAGUACCUUGUUCUGUCUUGUUUCUGAACAUUUAUCACACAGCAAUUACUUCAGUUUAAAUAAUGGAAGCAAAACUUUAUGCAACUUUGUUGAGAAACAUGAAAAAUAAAGAACAGUGUUAAAAGCAAAUUUUCAAUA